AUGUCAAACUCGACCUUCGACAGCGCGGAUUGCACGCUGGCCACCUGCUCGGUCAAAGAGUACGGCCAAAUCCAAUACAUCCCCACCCUCCCCGGCAAUGCUAUCUACGCCGGCAUUUUCGGUGUGCUCCUCGCGUCCCAGCUCUUCCUCGGCAUCCGCCACAAAACAUGGGGCUACCUCGUCGGGAUGGUGUUUGGUCUCGUGCUCGAGAUCGUCGGCUACAUCGGCCGCAUCAUGCUGCACGACAACAUCUUCGACAAGAACUCCUUCAUCAUCUACCUGAUCGGUCUGACCAUUGGACCCGCGUUCCUCACGGCCGCCAUCUACCUGUGCCUAGGUCGGAUCAUCACCCUCUUCGCCGUCGAGCUCAGCCUCCUCUCCCCAAGAGCCAUCACGCUGAUCUUCGUGUUCUGCGACUUCGUCUCGCUGCUCCUGCAGGCCGCGGGCGGCGCCAUCGCCUCGACGUCCGACACCGAGGCCGACAACCAGACGGGCAUAGACGUCAUGAUCGCGGGGCUGGCUUCGCAGGUCGUGUCGCUGGCCAUCUUCAUUGCCAUCUGCGCACACUUUGCGUGGAAGGUGCUCAAGAACCCCACGAAGCUGGACGCGCAGUUUACCACGCUGCGCAACUCACGCCGGUUCAAGGGCAUGCUCAUCGCCAUUGCAGUCGCAGUGCUCACGAUCCUGGUGCGCUCCGUCUACCGGCUCGCCGAGCUGCAGCAGGGGUUUGACGGCAAGCUCGCCAACAAUGAACUCGAGUUUAUGAUCCUGGAGGGGCCCAUGAUCUUUGUGGCCGUCGCCUUACUCACCCUUUACCACCCCGGCUGGGUGAUUGGGGCGAAGUUGUGGAUGGAAGCCGGGUUCCACCUGCGCACCAAGAAGAGUCUGCAACAUUACAAAGAGGUCGAUGGAGGUGGGAGCCAGGAGGGUUUCGUCAUGGAGCAGCGGCCAACAAGUAUGGUGUGA